AUGGCAUAUUCCCUCAAUCGCUCUUCUCCAAAAACCUUCGCACUGAAUAGAGCGCGGGAGAAAUGGCGAGCAGCGAUCUGGCCCGCAGAAAUGGAGGUGGAGGCGUACCGCCGCCUCUUCCCUCUUCCAUACUACGAGCGCCACCUCGCCGAGUCCGUUCGCCCGACGCCCGCCUCUCGCCCGAUCCCGGACACCACCGUCGCCGUCGCGCCGUCGCCUCCGCCGACGGGUCCUCCCUCGUCAAAGGUCGGAGACACGACGAUGCUAGCCGCCAUCAAGCUCGAGGUCAUGACACCUGGCGCUGAAUCCCCCGACCAAGGAUCCCUAGGGAUUGAGUUUCAUAUGCCGCCGAUUUGUUCCCCUCUAGUGAGGCCGGGGAGGCCGGCGGAGGUGGCGCCUGUGAUUUCUAAGCAGAUCUCGGAUGUUGUCAUGAGUUCUGGUGUGAUAGAUUUAAAGGAGCUCUCUUUAAUCAAUGGAAAGGCUGCAUGGAUGGCCUACUUGGAUAUAUAUUGUCUAAAUGCUGAUGGUUCUCUAUUUGAUGCUGCACUACUAUCUGCAAUAGCUGCAUUUUCCAACUUGCAGAUCCCUCUCGUUUCCGUUAAUGAAGACGGAAGAGUAAUAGCUGUGUCCGGGAAGCUACAAGAGGAGUCAAAAUUAGAGCUGGUGAACAAGGAGAAGAGGAAGCUCUCUCUCAGGAGCACCCCAUUCUCUCUCACAUGCAUGCUUCACAAGAAUUACAUCUUUGCAGAUCCCACUGCAGAGGAAGAGUCCAUCAUGGACACUGUUGUUACGGUCGUAAUAGAUUCACUAGGCCGGCUGGUGUCAGUCUACAAAGCUGGAGGAUCAGUUCUCGUCUACAAUUCAGCUCUUCAGGAAUGCAUUAUACUUGCAAAAAAGAGAGCAGAGGAGCUGCAGAAAAUUUUGGCGGACGCCCUAUCACCACAAAUGGAUCUAGACUCGGAUUGAUUCGUAUAGGAGCUUGUAACUGAGUUGGUGUCAUUGAGAUUUCAAUUGCUUCGGAAAGAACAGAUUCUACUAAAAUUCCUUCUCUUGUAUGGAUUUCUUUGGACAACUGAACAUGAAUGGAAUUUACAGGCAUUUCGCCUUUCAGUUGCGUAA